GGAGGAAGACCAAGACAAGAAUGGCUGAGAACAGCCUACGUCCUGGGCUAACCACAGUUCUCCUCCUGUUGAUGGCUUGGUGGGCCACGACCAAUGCCACAACUUUUGAGAAGUUCCUGAGGCAGCACGUGGAUUACCCAAUGACUGAAGCUCCAGAUACCCAACGGUACUGCAACCUCUUGAUGAAGCGUCGUCACCUGGCAACCAAUAAAUAUUGCAAACACAUCAAUACCUUUGUCCACAAGGAUGUCCCUCAGAUCCAAGCUGUGUGUGGCCCGGCAGGGGAACCAACCACAGGAGACCUACGAGAAAGUAACAUGAGCUUCCCCCUCACGGUGUGCAAACUUCAAAGGGGCUCGUGGGCUCCAGAGUGCAACUACAUGGGGACCAGUGCUGUUGACAGGAUUAUUAUCGCUUGUGAAGAUGGCUACCCAGUUCACCUGGAGACAGAAGUCCCAGACUAUUAGGAGCUGGAGGAGUUGUAAAAUUAGGCCCAGAGAAACCAGUUCAGCCCUCUGCCUUCUCUCUCUUUUUCCUUCUACUGUUUCUUAUAGUUGAUGAUUGAUUAUGAGCCAUCGAGUUGUUUUUGACUCCUAGUGACCACUCAUAUAGGUUUUCUCCAUGACGACCUCUCCCUAACCUGAUCUUUCAAGUCUCCCAACGGUGCACGGAUCAUCAUUCUUAUAGUAGUUAUGAAGAAGAAAAUCUCAGUUUAUUUUCUUUGUUU